AGGAGAUCCAACAGCGCCCCGCUCAUCCACGGGCUCAGUGAUAACUCACAAGUGUUCCAGGCCAACGUUCUGCGGACCCGCAGGAACAGCACCACAGUUAUGAAUCGUCACAGCCUGUUUGUGCCAUCUUCUCCUAUCCGUAUUCCCAGCAGUCGUCUUCAUCAAAUCAAACAGGAAGAAGGAAUGAAUUUGCUGAACAGAGAAACAGUACGUGAAAGAGAAGUGCAAGUAGCAAUGCAGAUGAGCCACUCAUGGGAGGAGAGCUUGAGCCUGAGUGACAAUGAUUUUGAGAAAUCCUCAUCACCAAAGCAAGUGGACUUUGUCCCAGUUUCUCCAGCUCCUUCACCUACUAGAGGAAUAGGGAAGCAAUGUUUCUCACCAUCGUUGCAAAGCUUCGUGAGUAGCAGUGGGUUACCUCCAAGUCCCAGCCCAAGUCCAACAAGGAGAUUUUCAAGCAGGAGGAGCCAGAGUCCAAUUAACUGCAUUCGACCAAGUGUUCUGGGGUCAAUAAAAAGGAAAGGUGUAAUGGAGAUAGAAGAUCAUCCAAAAAGGUUAUUCCAAGGAUCCACCAACAUGCUUAGCCCUGAGGUUCCACAUCAGGCAGACCUUGGAGGAUGUCUGUCGUCACACGCUCUCGAUGACAACAGGAGCAGUGCAGGCUCUUCCUGUGACUCACCAGCUGAAGCUGGCACCAACACAGACUCUCCAGUCUCACUUUCUGACUCCAGAUCUCCUUUUUUACCAGUAGAUCUCACAGCUAAGUUACCCAUCAAUUGAGAAGCAGAAGUCUGCUAAUGGACACCAGGAAACGGGCUGGACGGCAAUAAGACUUUCUGUUGUGUGUAACUGAUUCUGUUCCUCAUAGGAACUUCCAGAAAUGUCAUUAUUUCUAGAAAACUUCCAGAAUAGUUCCUUGAGGAGGAAUUCACGUUUCUAGUGAUUUGUAUGACAUUUACUACAAUACAGUAAGCAUUUGAAUCACAAACGUAUUUGAUGCUAACAU